UUAGCAGCCCAAGACAUGGAAAAUUAUCGCAUGUUCUUUCCUCGUACAACAACAACAACAACAACAUGGAAUCAAUUACAAUUACCAUCGUCUUCAUCUUCAUCUUCUUUAGGUUACGACUUUGUCCAUCCUCCGAGUGGGAUAUCGAUGGAUCAUGCGAGUGGUAUGAAUAGCGGGACAGUGUUUAAUGAUGUUAAAACAAAUAAUUCAAUAGAUGCGGUUGGUCCUAGUAGUAAUAUGAAAGUCGAGGAGAAAAAGAAGAUCAAGAUGAGGAAGCAGAGGAUGGCUUUCGAAACGAGAAGUCAAGUUGAUAUACUCGAUGAUGGAUAUAGGUGGAGGAAAUAUGGGCAAAAGGCAGUCAAGAACAACAAAUUCCCAAGAAACUACUACAAGUGUACACAUAAAGGUUGCAACGUGAAGAAACAAGUGCAGAGACAGUCAAAAGAUGAAGGAAUAGUGAUAACUACUUAUGAAGGUGUUCAUAAUCAUCCCAUAGACAAUCCCACUGACAACUUCGAACAAAUCUUGCAUCAAAUGCGCAUCUAUCCUACCUCCUAGCUACCUUGCUAUCUCUUUAAAUUAAUUAUUAUUUUAUUUACUACUUGCAUACAUGUAAUCAUGCAUAUAUCAAAAUUUUCAUUUAAUUUCAU